ACCGACCAUCCACAAGCGAAAUACUCCGACCAUCCGCAAGCGAAAUACUCCGACCAUCCACAAGCGAAAUACUCCUACCAUUCACAGGCGAAGUACACCGACUAUCCACAGGUGAGGUACACCGACCAUCCACAAGCGAAGUUCACCGACCAUCCACAAGCCAAAUACACCGACCAACCACAAGCCAAAUACACCGGCAAUCCACAAGCGAAAAACACCCAUUAUCCGCAAGCGAAAUACACAGAUCAUCCACAAGCCAAAUACACCGACAAUCCACAUGCGAAAUACAAGGAGCAUCCACAAGCGAAAUACGCCGGCCACCCACAAGUCAAAUACACCGACAAUCCACAAGCGAAAAACACCCACUAUCCGCAAGCGAAAUACACCGAUCAUCCACAAGCGAAAAAGACCGAUCAUCCGCAAGCGAAAUACAAGGACCAUCCACAAGCCAAAUACACCGACCAACCACAAGCCAAAUACACCGAUCAUCCACAAGCGAAAAAUACCGAUUAUCCGCAAGCGAAAUACAAGGACCAUCCACAAGCCAAAUACACCGACCAACCACAAGCCAAAUACACCGAUCAUCCACAAGCGAAAAAUACCGAUUAUCCGCAAGCGAAAUACAAGGACCAUCCACAAGCCAAAUACACCGACCAUCCACAUGCGAAAUACAAGGAGCAUCCACAAGCCAAAUACACCGACAAUCCACAAGCGAAAAACACCCACUAUCCGCAAGCGAAAUACACCGAUCAUCCACAAGCGAAAAAGACCGAUCAUCCGCAAGCGAAAUACAAGGACCAUCCACAAGCCAAAUACACCGACAAUCCACAAGCGAAAAACACCCACUAUCCGCAAGCGAAAUACACCGAUCAUCCACAAGCGAAAAAGACCGAUCAUCCGCAAGCGAAAUACAAGGACCAUCCACAAGCCAAAUACACCGACAAUCCACAAGCGAAAAACACCCACUAUCCGCAAGCGAAAUACACCGAUCAUCCACAAGCGAAAAAGACCGAUCAUCCGCAAGCGAAAUACAAGGACCAUCCACAAGCCAAAUACACCGACAAUCCACAAGCGAAAAACACCCACUAUCCGCAAGCGAAAUACACCGAUCAUCCACAAGCGAAAAAGACCGAUCAUCCGCAAGCGAAAUACAAGGACCAUCCACAAGCCAAAUACACCGACAAUCCACAAGCGAAAAACACCCACUAUCCGCAAGCGAAAUACACCGAUCAUCCACAAGCGAAAAAGACCGAUCAUCCGCAAGCGAAAUACAAGGACCAUCCACAAGCCAAAUACACCGACAAUCCACAAGCGAAAAACACCCACUAUCCGCAAGCGAAAUACACCGAUCAUCCACAAGCCAAAUACACCGACAAUCCACAAGCGAAAAACACCCACAAUCCACAAGCGAAAUACAAGGACCAUCCACAAGCCAAAUACACCGGCCACCCACAAGCCAAAUACUCCGACCAUCCUCAAGCCAAAUACACCGACCAUCCACAAGCCAAAUACACCGACAAUCCACAUGCGAAAUACAAGGACCAUCCACAAGUCAAAUACACCGAUCAUGUACAAGCGAAAUACACCGACCAUCCACAAGCGCAAAACACAGACCAUCCACAAGCGAAAUACACCGGCCAUUCACAAGUCAAAUACACCGACAAUCCACAUGCGAAAUACAAGGGUCAUCGACAAGCCAAAUACACCGACCACUCACAAGCCAAAUACACCGGCAAUCCUCAUGCGAAAUACAAGGACCAUCCACAAGCGAAAUACACCGCCCACCCACAAUCCAAAUACACCGACAAUCCACAAGCGAAAUACACCGACCAUCCACAAGCGAAAUACACCGAUUAUCAGCUAGCGAAAUACAAGGACCAUCCACCAGCCAAAUACUCCCACAAACGAGAAGUGAAUUACACUCACAAGCCAGAAGCGAUUUUCGCACACAAUCCAACGUGGAUUCACGAGCAUCAACGGACAUACCUGAGACAUACAUUGGUGUGA